CUUCUAGCCCUAACUCGACACCCUUCCAUCUUGUCCGCAAUCCUUUAUCAUGCGAAAAGCUUGUGGAAACGGCUGCUCCGAGGAUUUAUGACGACGGCUGGGAUGCGUGCAGCUCGUACGUGAUGAACAUAUCCUCAUCGAUUUCUCUCCGUUAGACUUUUACAUGCGUAGGUUGCAUCGGUCUUCUACUUCUGAAUUGACUGCAGCAUUUAAAGAACGUAAGGAGUCGACAAGUCUCCAUUCAAAUAUUAUCAAAUGGCGGGAGGGUAUCCCCCGUGGCUGUCCCUCUAAUGAAAACAACUUGGAAUACUGGGAGCUCAUCGGUCCGAUGUCCUCGUCCCCUUUGUUCAUGACCACUUAUCCAACUAGCACGUCAUUUCUGACGACUCCUCCACCUUCUGUCAGCUUUCGACGUCCUGUCCACAUAUCGCACUCCGCUGUCGGCUCUCUGGUUCACAAUGUCGGGGAACAAUUCCAAUCAGAGGAUCUAGAAACAUGCGAUGGCCUCGAUGGUACCGGAAGCUCUGAUGAAUACGCGCGAUCUGAUUUUGGCACGGAAUGCACGGUAGUCGACGACUCGAGAAUGGGUUUCGGACCUUUGUUAACCUUAGUCGCCCUCUGUAUCAUCAUCUGGUCGCUCCCACAGAGGGCUAUAAUUUAGCGGCUUCGUCUUACUACGUGACCUCAGAACCAUCGGAUCCCUCUCCGUGUUUCAAACUCAGUCUUUGUAUGAACCAGUUGCAGAUUGCCCCUUAUCUCAUUGCACCCGAUCAACACCA